GCACGAACCUCCUGAAGACAGGAGGCUAAGUUGUUCGCAUCUUGAGGACAGGAUGAACAAUAAUGGACAGACUUGAGGAGAAGGUGGGACUCAGCCUUCACUUGUCAUCCAUGUGCUAAGAUGAGUUUUGAGCUCUCCCUGGGAAUCAGGAAUCAGACGCAGGUGGUGGAAUUUGUCCUCCUGGGGUUCUCUGGCAUUUUGUAUGGUCAAAGUUAUCUCGCCUUGGCAUUCUUGGCCAUCUACUUGGUCACUGUACUGGGGAACCUGAUGAUAUUUACUAUGAUUCAACUGAAAUCCAGCCUCCACACCCCCAUGUAUUAUUUCCUCAGCCACCUCUCCUGCUUAGAUAUUUGCCUCUCCUCUGUCACCGUCCCUAAGAUCAUGGUGAACCUCCUGCUCCAACAACAGACCAUCUCCUACAACCAGUGCAUGGCCCAGAUGUUCUUCCUGAUGACUUUCACAGGGGCAGAGGCUGCACUGCUGGCUGUCAUGGCCUACGACCGCUACGCCGCCAUCUGUAAACCUCUGCAUUACUCCCGCCUCGUGAACACCAAGGUGUGCACCGUACUGGCCUUUGCCACUUGGUUCUGGGGCUUCUUAAACUCUGCUCUGCACACGGCUCUAAGCACCAGGCUGGACUUCUGUGGAAUCAACCAGAUUCAUCACAUCUUCUGCGAUCUCCCUCCACUGAUGAAAAUGGCUUGCAGCGACACACACAUCAAUGAAGUGGCAGACCACAUGGCAGGAGUUUUUGUGUCUGGGGGGCCCUUCGUGUUCAUCAUUUUCUCAUAUGUCUUCAUCCUGUUCUCCAUCUUGAAGAUUCAGUCCACUACUGGCAAACGCAAAGCCUUUUCCACUUGUGCGUCUCACCUCACGGUUGUCUUCAUUUACUAUGGAAAUGGGAUCUUGAACUAUCAGGGGCCAAGUGGUGGUUACUCAGUGGCGACGGGCACUUUGGUUUCCAUCAUGUUCUGCGUAAUCACCCCGAUGUUGAACCCCCUCAUCUACAGCCUCCGAAACAAGGAGGUGAAGGGGGCCCUCAAGAAGGCAGCAGAAAGCUGGAGGAAGUCUAAGCAUCACCACUCUAUAAGCUAG